UCAAUCAUUCUUGGUAAAACUGACACAUAUUCUGUGCUAUCAGUCCUGUUGUAUUGACAUUGGAUCCAUGCUUGGUUACCUAAACAACAUGUGAUGCCAAAGAAAAGUGGCAAGUUGAAAGAAUCGAAAAAGAUUAGAAAGCCUUUCGAGGGAUGAUGGAGAUGACAGAUUGAAUUCUGUGCAAAGCACUCAUGCCCCUAAUGAUUAGAAAGAGAUACCUUUACCUUAGAUAUUUUCAUAUGAUUAUAGCUGAACUGCUUGACUUACACUUAUUUGUUUAUUUUGGAUGUUUGUGGUAUUCCUUGAGCACCAAAUUGGUGAUAUUAUUUGAUGUUGUGUAAUCGAUUCAAGUGAGAACCUAGGACAAGAAUAAGAAUCUCAACUUUCAAUCAUGCUUUUCUCGUUGAAGGAGAUGGUUGACAUGUGAGAACCUUUUUGUAAAAUAAUCAUGUUGAUGAAUUUGCAUAGUUCUUGACCUAACUUCUUGCUAGAGCACGUGCAGCUUUAAAUUGGUCUCUGAUGAAGGUCUGGGUAUAAAUUGGUAGUAGGAGUGAGAAUUUGACUUCUUAAAAGCAGUAUGAGUAGGUGGGCCUUCAAGUUUGAACUUUUUGUAGACCGAUAAGGGGCAUUAGGUAAUUUUUCUCAUCUUCCCAUGAAAAUGCCAAGGUUUUUAGUAUCAAUUCCUGUUCCAAUCUUCGGUCAAUCGGAGAAUGUCAGUUUCCUUGGUUUUGUAGUUGUGCUAAUUAUUGACCAUUUACGUACAAGUUUUGCCUGUUUAGAUUAUCUAUAUUAGAUUGUUGUUUUUUAAAUUAAAAUCAGUUCAGUAGGAUAGAUGGAAUAAUAUAAAUAUUAUUAUUAACAUCAUCAGUUUCAUUUGAAACACUAUCAAUCUGUAACUGAUCCAGAAACCAGAAGAAAUUUCGAGUUGGAUCCGACUGAUCCAGUUUUCGCCUUAUAAAGUUGAUUCUUCUUCGGUAUGCCCAUGGUUUUCCGGGCUGGUUUUGUCGGCCACUGCAAUUGGCACUGGCACCUUGUUCAUGUUCAUGCUAGUGCUGUGCCCUUGUAUGUGCAGUGAGUCACUUGACUAUGGAUGUGAUUGACACGGCAUGGUGGUGCACAUGCAACCUGCAUCCAUGUGCUGUGGUUGCUGCUGUCACCAUUUGUUUUGAAUUUGCUCUGGUAGCCAUCCAAUUGUUGCCAUCUUAGGUUAGUAAUUGACUUGGUCUGUUAAACAACUCUGGUCAUCCCCGAAUCCUUCACCUGCAGGUGGUGGGAACUUCAUACGCCGCCCUAUCUGCUUUUUAAGCCUGUGGGUGUUUAAUUCUCCAUUCUGUAGUCUAAUUCUUCAGAUAUUUUAACACGUAUCCAAUAUUUUGAUCUGCCAGUAUUGGCUCUAAUAACAAUAGUUGUUAUGUUUGCAACUAUAGCAUUUGACUUAGUGGAUCUUGUUUUCUGCUUGCUGCCAUGUCGAAACAGGUGUGUUCUACUCGGUGUAAGCUGUGGGGCUAAUAUUGCAGAUUAUGUUGCUCGAAAAGCAGUUGACGCUGGAAAACUGACAGAGCCAGUCAAGGUUGUCGCCCAAGUUCUGAUGUAUCCGUUCUUUGUUGGAAGCGUCCCCACUCAUUCGGAAAUAAAGCUAGCAAAUUCCUACUUCUACGACAAAUCUUUGUGUCUACUGGCUUGGAAGUUGUUCUUACCCGAGGACGAGUUCAGUCUAGACCAUCCAGCUGCAAACCCGCUCGUGCCAGGCAGGGGACCUCCAUUGAGAUGCAUGCCUCCGACGCUCACAGUGAUUGCGGAGCAUGACUGGAUGAGGGACCGUGCAAUCGUGUACUCCGAGGAGCUUCGCAAGGUAAACGUUGACGCACCAGUCCUGGAAUACAAAGAUGCAGUUCAUGAGUUUGCCACACUCGACAUGCUCCUCAAGACUCCUCAGGCACAGGCCUGUGCUGAAGACAUUGCAAUAUGGGUGAAGAAGUAUAUAUCGAUCCGCGGACACGAGUUCUCGUAUUAGAUGUCAAAGCUUUUGGUGUGUUAGAUAUCGGGUUUGGGGGGGGAGAAGAGCAUAGUUGUCACUGAGGCUGCACCUACAGUCGCAUCAGGUUUGAUGUGUUGAAUUAUUUCAUGUUCUUCAUUCUUGUCUGGGUGGGUGUAAUAUGUCAAGAACAGGCUCAGUUAAAUAUAAUGCUGUUCCCUCUUGUUUCUCUCUCA